AUGAACAAGAGCCUUGAUGAAGCCGAAGAGGUAAUAGAGAAUGUGGCCCAGAACCUUUAUCAGUGGGCAACUGAGAGAUCUGGAGGUUCCUUCCCUGAGUAUCCAGUCAAGGCAUCAGGAAAAUUUGACGUAGAUGCAGUCACGCUCAUGUCUGCAAAGUUGAAUGCUCUGACUAAGAAGUUUGAGACCAUGGGGAACAACACAGCCAAUGCAAUAGUAUAUAACCAAAGGAAAAACAAUCCUUACUCCAACAUAUACAACCUUGGGUGGAGGAACCAUCCAAAUUUUUCUUACCGAGGCGAUCAAGAUCAAGGACCAGCAAAACAAAGCUACCAACCUGGGCAACAAAGCUACCAAUCUAGACAACAGACUCAUCAACAACAACAAUCCUCUCAACUAUCCAGAAUUGAAAAGAUGCUUGAAGAAACUCUCUUGGAGCAAAAAGAAAUGAAGAACGAAAUUAAGCAAUUGAAUCAAAGAAUGGAGAAUUCUGAAAAGCAUCAAAAGAUGCAAGAUAGCCAGAUCGCCCAGAUAGGCCAGUCCUUUUCAAGAACGCCAGGAGCAUUUUCGGGAAAGUCUGACAUAAACCUAAUGGAAUAUUGCAACUGCAUUGAGCUAAGGAGUGGACGGACUUUGGGAGAUAUCCAGAUGUCUGCCCAGAAAGGAAUUGAAUUAGAAGAAGAGCCCUCUCCUCUCAUCCCUAAUUUGGUCCAGAACAAGGAUAUGGGGGAUAUUACCGAGAAAGUUGAAGGGACUCUUCCACUUCCCCCACAGAACCAGACAAUUCCUUUCCCCCAAAAGCUAAUAACAUCCCAAAAAGAUGAAGAUUUCCACCAAUUCCUUAAGAAGAUUAAAGAAAUUUACAUUGAAGUACCUCUGAUAGACGCACUGCACAAAAUGUCGAAGAUCGUCAAAUUUUUAAAAGGUAUUCUAUCUAACAGAAGACAGAAGGGUGAUUUUGAGACUGUAACAUUGACGGAGAAGUGCAAUGCUCUGCUCACGGCAGACAUUACCCCGAAGCUCCAGGACCCAGGAGGUUUUUCGAUACCAUGUAAGAAACUAGGGAUCGAGCUCAUACACAGGGCUUUCUACGACUUGGGUGCAAGUGUCAGUCUACUUCCAUACUCAUUAUGCAAGAAACUAGGACUCUAG